GAUGUAUUUCAGUUAAAAAGAAAGAAUAUUUUUGGAGUUAUGAUGCAACUGAAUUAGCAAUCCCACCUGUAUUAAAUUUACAAGUUUGGGAUAAUGAUAAAUUUAGUGCUGAUGAUUUUCUUGGUGCAUUAACUCUUGAUUUAAAUCGAUUAUAUAAGCCUGCAAAAAAUUCUGAGUUUUGUACGUUGGAUAUAGUAAAUGAUGAAUCAACAGACUAUAUAUCAUUAUUCGAAAUGAAAAGAAUUAAAGGUUGGUGGCCUUGUGUUGAUGUUGCCGGUGGUGAUCCAGAAUUAACUGGAAAACUUGAACUUGAACUUGAAAUCUUAACUGAAGAAGAAGCUGCUCAAAGACCAGCUGGACGUGGACAAGAAGAACCUAAUGAAAAUCCUCAUUUGGAUCCACCUCAACGACCAGAAACAUCAUUUCUUUGGUUUCAAUCACCAUUUCGUACAUUUAAAAAUAUUAUUUGGAGAAAAUCGAAAUGGUAUAUUAUUGGUGGAUUAUUGUUGGUUUGUUUUAUUCUAUUCUUACUCUUAUUUCUAUGGUCUAUGCCUGCUGCUAUUUGGGCUCGACUUUUACGAGUUCCCGGGUGA